GGCGGCCGCGGCGGAGACACCAGCGGCGGCGGCGGCGGCGGCGGCGGCGGCGGAGCCGGGCCCGGCGGCAGGAAUGCGGAACCGGCGCGCGGGCUGAGGCCGCCCAGGAUGGCGCAGGGCCGCGGGCGGCGGGCAGCCUGCGUGGGGCCCUAGCGCGGCGGGGCGGACGCUCCGGGCCCCGGGCCGGCAUCCCGGGCGGCCAGCAUCGCGGCCAUGGCCAAGGAGCGGCGAAGGGCCGUCCUGGAGCUGCUGCAGCGGCCGGGGAACACGAGAUGCGCCGACUGCGGCUCCCCGGAUCCCGACUGGGCUUCCUACACCCUGGGGGUGUUCAUCUGUCUGAGCUGCUCCGGAAUCCACCGGAAUAUCCCCCAGGUCAGCAAGGUGAAGUCCGUCCGGCUGGAUGCCUGGGAGGAGGCCCAAGUGGAGUUCAUGGCCUCCCAUGGGAACGACGCUGCGAGGGACAUGUACGAGUCCAAAGUGCCUCCCUUCUACUACCGGCCCACGUUUUCGGACUGUCAACUCCUGCGUGAGCAGUGGAUCCGGGCCAAGUACGAGCGGCAGGAGUUCACCCACCCUGACAAGCAGGAGCCCUACUCCGCAGGAUACCGAGAAGGCUUUCUCUGGAAGCGCGGCCGGGACAAUGGGCAGUUUUUAAGUCGCAAGUUUGUGCUGACGGAACGGGAAGGGUCCCUGAAGUAUUUCAACAGAAGCGAUGCCAAGGAGCCCAAGGCUGUCAUGAAGAUCGAGCAUCUGAACGCCACUUUCCAGCCAGCCAAGAUCGGCCACCCCCAUGGCCUGCAGGUCACCUACCUGAAGGACAACAGUACCCGCAACAUCUUUGUCUACCAUGAGGACGGGAAGGAGAUCGUGGACUGGUUCAACGCGCUCCGUGCCGCCCGCUUCCACUACCUGCAGGUGGCAUUCCCAGGGGCCAGUGACGCUGAUCUGGUGCCGAAGCUCUCCCGGAACUACCUGAAGGAAGGCUACAUGGAGAAAACGGGGCCCAAGCAAACAGAAGGCUUCCGGAAGCGCUGGUUCACCAUGGAUGACCGGAGGCUCAUGUACUUCAAAGAUCCCCUGGACGCCUUUGCUCGUGGGGAAGUCUUCAUCGGCAGCAGGGAGAGUGGCUACACGGUGCUGGACGGGCUCCCACCGUCCACCCAGGGCCACCACUGGCCACAUGGCAUCACCAUCGUGACGCCGGAGCGUAGGUUUCUGCUGGCCUGCGAGACAGAGACGGAGCAGCGGGCCUGGGUAGAGGCUUUUCGGAAGGUCGUGGACAGGCCCAUGCUGCCCCAGGAGUACGCAGUGGAAGCCCACUUCAAACAUAAACCCUAACGAGAGCCGGUUCUGGAGGCCCGAGGGAACUGGACUCGCUGAAGUGGCCAUCGAGGAGGCAGCGGCCAGACUGGGGGGCCCGGCAGAUGAAGGAACCGGCUUCCUGGCCCCAGCCCUAAGUGGCAGCCCCGGACUUGGCCAGGUGGGGCCUGAGCUUUAGCCACUAGGACCUGUUUCUCUGGAACCUCACUGCAGGCCGGCCGACCUGACCCCCACCAUGCUGCCACCCACUGAUGUGACCCCUGCCAUGCCCCCCCACCCCCGGCCACUGAACCACUCUUCCUCUGAGG